AUGUUGGUUGGCGAUGACAUUGGCGAGAGCACGGAGGGGACAAAGGUUGAGGUUACUCUCGGGGACAUUGAUUUGGAUCAACCUACAGCUGUGUUAUCUCAGUUGAACGUUUGGUUGAAUGAUGAAGGUCAAGGUGUGGAACGAGGGGUCCAAUUACGGAAGAGGAAGAGGAUUAUUCCUAUGUGGAAGAUCGUUGAAGCUAGUGAAGUGGUUCAAAAAAAUUUGCCAAAGACAACCGGACUUCGGACGUUAGACCCAAUGAAGGCGAUUCCGCAUGAUGAUAUGGUGAAAUUGCUGAAACUUUGUUCGGAAUGGCGCCAUAACCCAAAUUUGGUGAUGCAAUUUGGCAACGUGGAAGCUGAGAUUGAAUUCUUCGCUUCCCUCGUCAAAGCUGACGGUUGGCUGAAAGGAGAUGAUUUCUGUCAUUACAACCGGGGGUUUUUACUUCUAUCGCUCUCAGGUUUAGCGCUUGAUAUUCCCCUCUGUAGUGCUUUCAUUGUGAAUUGA